AUGAUCUCUGAGGCUGACAGACAGGGAGCAGUUAGACCCAAGAGGUCACCGUCAGACGGGCACAGGGAUAGGGACAGGGACCGCAGCCCCAGACGGAGAGCAGAAGCUGACCAACACUAUUUACAGGAGAGACAUCAGGAGGGCAUCGACGACCUCCCUGCAGGGAAGAAACAAAUGAUGGAGAAGUUUUUCACUCCUGUUCAUAGUCCUCCUCCAGGUGGGAUCACAUCACAGAAGCACCGCCAUCACAACCCCGAUCAUCACCACCAGCACCAGGAUCAAGAAAGGGAGACACACAGGUAAGAUCACUUUUGAAUUUCCCUUUUAUUAAAGUUUCCUUUUUUAAACAGUAAUGAGGAAUGCACAUUUGAUGAAGACUACAAUUGAGUGUGGGAAUUGGAUGAAUACAUCUUUAGGUCAUGUCACCAUAUCAACUACAGCAGGUCACGGGACAAUGAUAGAGGCAGCAGUGAACGCCACGGUCACCACCAUCACCACGGUAACCAUCUCCAAGAUGACCAGGAGCAAUCCCAUAGACGUCACCAUCAUCCUCAGCACCUUUAUCACGACAACGAAAUGUCGGACCACCACACCACCGUCACCCUCUCCAGAGCAUCUUCCUCCUCCCUUUCAUCUUCCUCCUCCUCCACCGACUCUUCCACCGAAUGGUCCUCUGAGGCCGGCAUUGACGACAAGUUCUCCCUGAAGCAUGCCAGCCGGCCGCAACAUACCAUGUCCUGCUCCAACAUUGCAGGAGGACGACAGUUCCGGGAGGAUGACAGUGAGCUUCAGGUGUGCGCCACCGUCAAACAGGGGCGAAUGCAUGGAGGAGGAAACCCUGGGACACACCAUCGGGCCCAGGGGAGGGGAGGACACGAGCCCAGCUACUCCGAGCUCAACCGGUGCCACAGCCGCAGUGAAGAGGGGCUGCUGCAGAACACAGGCACUGACAGAGGGAAAGCACGGACACCCCCACACCUGAAGCACGGACCCCUCUACAAGACAGCCAGCCUGGGCCGGAGCCUGGCCUUCAGUGAAGAGGUCCUGGCUGGGCCGAAGAGGGCGGUGUCCUCUAUCCAACUCCCCAGUAAAGGCAUCCUGAAAAACAAGGAGGCUCCGCGGGACAUCCGCAAGGCCAAGUCCAUGGAGGUGCUGUCCCCCCGGGUGGCAGGCAAGGAGGCAGGGCCCAAGGGGAAGCAGGAUGUGGAGGCUCUGAAGGACGCAGCCAGGCAGAGCAUGGUGAAGGGGAAGAUACAGUUCUCUGCUUUCCUGGAUGAGAUCACUAAACAGGUCAUCAGCCCCGCCCGUCUCAAUACUCUGGGGGUCCCUGUCGAGACCGUAGGACUGGGUCCAGCCAAAGCCCCAGCAUCCCCCAAAUCUCAACUGAAAAGUCAGCCCCAGCUUCCCACGAAAAAGCAGGGAGAUGGGCAGGGGGAGGAGAGGGAGACAGUUACUAAACCGCAGGCUCUGCCUAGGAAACUGAGGAAUGACUCUGACACACGGUCACGGAAAAUAUCUCUCCCUGCAAAGUUUGGGUAUGAAAGCAAGAACCACACUCCUCGUCUAGGCAGCCCCCCAACCCGCCACUCCAGCCAACCCUACCCACCCCACCCACCAGCUGGCUAUGAAGACCAACCAGCCUCCCUGCCUGACUUCCAGGGUCCUGUCGGUAAUAGGCAUGGACGGUACGGCCCGCUUCUUACAGACGGCACUGUCUGCUCUAGCCCUGAACCCAGCCAUCACAAACACUGGAGCUACAAACACCUUGACCAGAGCCACAGGCCCUGCCAUAGCCCACCUUCAUCUCCACACACCCAGCAACCCCAGCUACCCCACCGCACCCCGAUCCGCACACACUCCCCUCCUCCAGUGCCAGGGCCCGAGUCGGAGUCUCCCUCCAGCAAGUCGGACUCGUCCCGGAACAGAGACCGAGACACGGCCAGCCCCAGCUCCGAGCAUAGCCACAACCGGUCAACCUAUCGCUGGCGUCCUAAGCCACACAGGGUGAGUCUAACUGAUGUCAACUACAGAUGUAGGAUCUGAAUUUGAGCCAGUUUGCUACAGCAGGAAAAUAAUCCUGCAGCAACAGGAAAUAUCAAUUAUUAUAUGGAUUAUAAUUAAUGGACGUUUUUGUAGUGGUUGACACAUUUUUCGUUAGGACAAAUCAAGUCUGAAAUUUCAAAGUGGAAAUUACAAAUUUUAAAAGCUGUUUUAAAACACAAAUACACUACAAGUUUGCAUUUCCUGCUGUGCAGGAUAAUUCUCAGCAACAAAAGAGUGAUCAAAUUAAGAUCUUACAUAUGUAUGCUGGUGGAGUGAAAUGGUCUAAAUACGUACUAUAGAUAGUAGGUCCUAGCUGUAGAGUUAGGUAAAUCAUGCAUUGAUGUCAAUUAGGAUUUGUCCCAAAAUUCUUUAAAGGUCUUAAAGUGAUUCAAACCACACUGGGAGUGUCAGUUAGUGUCCUAAACCACAAAGCAGCAGUUAUAUAAAGAUAACUCAAGCGUCAUCCUCUGUCUGUGACGCUUGUCCACAAUGAACCAUAUUAGGUAACAGGCAACCUUUAUAGGCAAUGUGUUGCAUUGGGAACAACCCGCUACCCAACCCGAGAGUGCCUGAGUGCCAGCUAGCACAGAGAGUGCCUGAGUGCCAGCUAGCACAGAGAGUGCCUGAGUGCCAGCUAGCACAGAGAGUGCCUGAGUGCCAGCUAGCACAGAGAGUGCCUGAGUAACCCUGCUGUGGCUCUGGCUUUAUUAACCUCACUGACGCACAAUCAAUAGCUUUUCCUGAAGCGUAUGAACUAAAGUUCAAUAAUCAAUUCCUUUGGCCCUGUUAUGUCCCUAUCAUUCUCUCUGCCCUUUUCAUCUCUGUCCAAAAAACAAUCAAUUCAGUUUAUGAAACUUUAUUAGAAAGUGAAGAAACUGCAGUGUACAUUGUCAAUGCUCAAAGUAACAAUAUCCAAAGCGAAUGAUGUAUAUGGUAAUGAGUCAAAUAAUAACCAAAUAAAAAAACUGCUGAUGAUAACACUACUGAUACAACUAAUAUAACUGUAUUGAAAGUUAUUGAAUUAUAAAAUAAUUGACAGUUAUCUCUAAUCUUCUCUUCUCUUUUGCUGUCUCUCUCCAAAGGCCUUGACGGGUGACAUAGGCGAACUCCAGUGAGUGUGAUUUUUUCCCCCUUCUUUCUCCUCCUCUCCUGUCUGUUCAUCGAUGCACUUUAAAGAACAUCCUUUUUAUUGUGAAAGGUCACUGAAUAUCAAUUCCACUAAUGGCUUCCAAAGCUCUCUCAUCACCUCUAUCAGUAAAGAUGGAUGAAGAACAAGCUGAAGGAGAAAUGUGUGUAAACAAUGGUACAACGCACAGCGUUCAUUCUGGAUUAACUAGGCUAUGUGAAAUGUAACAUGUCUAGAAGCUGACCUGAGCUACAUCCAUAGCAUCUAAUGUGCUAAAAUGGCCUUAGGAAAUGUGACUGUGCAUUUUUGUAAUACAAUUCCAUCUCCCAUGACCCUCCUGUGUGUAAAUAGGGCACUGCAGGAGGAAAAUGCUGAGCUGCACCAGAACCUGAUGCAAACAGUGGUCUGCAUCGAGAGCCUGGAGGCGGAGCUAGCCAGGGCCAGGGAGGAGCUUGGCCACAUGAAGGAGAAGUUCAAGAGGUCAGAGCUCAUGAUAAUAUAAUGACCGCUAUAAUGUAACAUAGUAACAUGAUAAUAUGAUGACGGCUAUAGUGUAACAUAGUAACAUCAUAAUAUGAUGACGGCUAUAAUGUAAAAUGGUAACAUGAUGUCAUGGUGUCAGUGUAAUGCGGUAGACGAAGUCAGGCGCAGGACACAGAACUAAAUGAAAACGUAACUUUACUGAACACGUAAAGAAACAAGUAAACCUCCACGCAGGGAGGAACAAACCCACUCACCAACGACACACAAAACAAUAAACAAACACGCACAGAGCACAAUGGGAGCCACAGGGUUAAAUUGGGACGAAGUAAUUACAAGAUGGGAAACAAUCAGACAACAACAGGUAGAACAUAGAAACAUAGAACAUAGAUCGGCAGCAGCUAGUACUCCGGUGACGACGAACGCCGAAGCCUGCCCGAGCAAGGAGGAAGGGCAGCCUCGGCAGAAUCCGUGACACAUGAUCAAUAUGAUGAAGGCUAUAAUGUAACAUAGUAACACGAUAAUAUGAUGACGGCUAUAGUGUAACAUAGUAACAUGAUAAUAUGAUGACGGCUAUAGUGUAACAUAGUAACAUGAUAAUAUGAUGACGGCUAUAGUGUAACACAGUAACAUGAUAAUAUGAUGACGGCUAUAAUGUAACAUAGUAACAUGAUAAUAUGAUGACGGCUAUAGUGUAACAUAGUAACAUGAUAAUAUGAUGACGGCUAUAAUGUAACAUAGUAACAUGAUAAUAUGAUGACGGCUAUAGUGUAACAUAGUAACAUGAUAAUAUGAUGACGGCUAUAGUGUAACAUAGUAAUAUGAUGACGGCUAUAAUGUAACAUAGUAACAUGAUAAUAUGAUGACGGCUAUAAUGUAACAUAGUAACAUGAUAAUAUGAUGACGGCUAUAGUGUAACAUAGUAACAUGAUAAUAUGAUGACGGCUAUAGUGUAACAUAGUAACAUGAUAUAAUAUGAUGACGGCUAUAGUGUAACAUAGUAACAUGAUAAUAUGAUGACGGCUAUAGUGUAACAUAGUAACAUGAUAAUAUGAUGGCGGCUAUAGUGUAACAUAGUAACAUGAUAAUAUGAUGACGGCUAUAGUGUAACAUAGUAACAUGAUAAUAUGAUGACGGCUAUAGUGUAACAUAGUAACAUGAUAAUAUGAUGACGGCUAUAGUGUAACAUAGUAACAUGAUAAUAUGAUGACGGCUAUAAUGUAACAUAGUAACAUGAUAAUAUGAUGACGGCUAUAGUGUAACAUAGUAACAUGAUAAUAUGAUGACGGCUAUAGUGUAACAUAGUAACAUGAUAUAAUAUGAUGACGGCUAUAGUGUAACAUAGUAACAUGAUAAUAUGAUGACGGCUAUAGUGUAACAUAGUAACAUGAUAAUAUGAUGGCGGCUAUAGUGUAACAUAGUAACAUGAUAAUAUGAUGACGGCUAUAGUGUAAAGUGCGUCAAUAACAACAAUAAUCAUUGUAUAAUACUGUAGUAACAAUGCUUGCUCUUGUCCUUGUAUAUCUUUGGUGUGAUUACAAUACAUCUGCCACUCCCUUUUCAAGUUACUGUGAGUACCAGGGAAGGCAUGCAGCACAUCUAGGCAUGCCCUAUAUGGUUUACAGAGUACACUUUAUGAAACUCUUAUUCUGUGGAACCUGUGAAAUAGCCCUUAGGGCUUUUUUCCCCUACAUUUUUUCUUGGAAGGCAAAUUCCACUGAUCAAUAGCUCCGUGUGACUGAUUGGUGUGGUUAAAUUGAGUGGUUCUCUGCCUGCCAGCUGUAUGGUCUGAUCUACUGUUAGGGUCAGAGGUCAGAUGGUCUCAUGACCAGGGGCCUAGGAGUGGGUGGGGGUUAUAGCAUACAACAUGGUCCCAGAAUUCAUAGCCACACCCUUGCUUAUGAUGCUGUGUCUCUCUCUGCUGCAGGCUCCAGGACACACACACAGGUACCCAGCACACCAACAGCCUUCUGGGGGAGCAACUGCACUCAGCGGUAAGAAUCAGGUUAAACAUGAGAGACGGAGAGACUAAGACAGAGACUGAGAGACAGAGAGAGAGAGAUGGGGAGAGACACUGAGGUUAUGUUAUCUAGGGCCAGAACCUGACCAGGUAAAACUGUGGGCCCUGGCCUAUAACUCGUUUUUCCAGGUCAGGUCAUAUGGUUAAGAAAGACUCCUGCCACUAAAUAAACUCAUACCCCCACCCAGGCAUAGAAACAUACACUGCUCUGAAUAUCCUUCUCCCGCUCUGUCACCUCUACAACACACAGUGUUGUGUUGAUUUAUGUCCUCUGCUCCGUUCUGUCCUUGAAGACUGAGAGCACAAUAAGUACUACUGCUAUAUCAUCUCUAGAACAUGUUGAGUCAUGUCCUGAAUAUGUACUGAAUAUGUUGAGUCAUGUCCUCUGCUCUAUCCCUGCAGACCGAGAGCCUUAGCUCUGAGAGGAAAUAUAUGGUGCAGCGUAUCACCAUUCUCAGCACAGAGCUGGAGCAGGCCAACGCCACCAUCGCCUCUCUGGAGAACAUCAAUGUGAGCACAGCACCAUCUACUGAGCAAUACAUGAACCAAAACCCACACUAGCUUUGUUUCACAUACUGGCAACAGAAAGAGUGGUGGAAAGACAAUAGGAUGAUUUUGUAUUUGUAAAGUUGAUAGUGGCCUUACAUGAAAGUACUGUAUCCAUAAUCUCCUCAACUCAUGUUCCGCUCAUUGCCGCCUACAUGAUAAUGUCUUGUACCUCCUCUACUGGUUUCUCUAUGUCUGUUGUAUUGUAUGAACUGAGAGGAUGUCUGUGCUGUCCUCCAGGUUCCCUGUCUGAUCAAGGAGCUCCUAGAGAAGCACUUUGACUCUGGAGACACUGUCAAGCAGUUCCUGAAGAAUGCCUUGAAAACCGGCCAAUCCACAGGCGACAUUCAAUCACCCGCUCCAAAACUGGAGCAGAAGCCGUCUGAUUGGUCAGGCGCAGGACUGAGGGAGUUUGAGGCGAGUCCACAAAAUGUCACUUCUUUUGUGCCCUGGAAGCAGGAGGAGGGGUUUGGGGUGAUAGGUCAGACAGGAAAUGAGGAUUCUCCCCCGAUGAGUCCCCCUUUCUCCGUCGCUGACAUCAGUAUGGCUAUCUAUAAGAAGCUAGCUGCCAGCCAAGCAACAAGACAGCCCAGGCCUUCCAACUACCAACCUCACACUGACACCCCUCCCAACCCCUACCCUCUGGUGGAGUUGGGUACAGGGGGUGCAGGAGGUGCAGUGGGGGAGGGUUACCUUCUGCCUGCUGUCAAGGGGGGCGUGGCAGGGGCAGGGAGAGCAGCUGAGAGUAAGCAGGGUGCUGUUGUUGAUGUGUCCUAUCUGAUGGCCCAGAGGGUUCUGGAUGAGUUCAUGCACCAGCUGACACACCCAGAGGAUGGGAGUGGAGGUGGGGGGAGGGGGCACAAGGCCAACGGGGGAGGGGGUAGGGGGAACAACUGA